CAUUCUGCUGGCUGCGCGGUGGCGGUGGCUGUGUGUGCGCCGCGCCUCGCCGCUCCCCCCGGCCCCCCGAGCCUGGGGCGCGCGCUCCCGCCCGGGUCCCGCGGCGCGGUGGCCCGAGGCGCCGGGAAGCGCAGCCAUGGCCCUGCGGAGGCUGGGGGCCGCGCUGCUGCUGCUGCCGCUGCUCGCCGCCGUGGAAGAAACACUGAUGGACUCCACUACCGCGACGGCUGAGCUGGGCUGGAUGGUGCAUCCCCCAUCAGGGUGGGAAGAGGUGAGCGGCUAUGAUGAGAACAUGAACACAAUCCGCACGUACCAGGUGUGCAACGUGUUUGAGUCGAGCCAGAACAACUGGUUACGGACCAAGUUUAUCCGGCGCCGCGGGGCCCACCGCAUCCACGUGGAGAUGAAGUUCUCGGUGCGAGACUGCAGCAGCAUCCCCAGCGUGCCCGGCUCCUGCAAGGAGACCUUCAACCUCUAUUACUAUGAGUCUGACUUUGACUUAGCCACCAAGACCUUCCCCAACUGGAUGGAGAACCCAUGGGUGAAAGUGGACACCAUCGCAGCCGAUGAGAGCUUCUCUCAAGUAGACCUGGGUGGCCGCGUCAUGAAGAUCAACACCGAAGUGCGGAGCUUCGGGCCCGUGUCCCGCAGCGGCUUCUACCUGGCCUUCCAGGACUAUGGCGGCUGCAUGUCCCUCAUUGCUGUGCGCGUCUUCUAUCGCAAGUGUCCCCGUGUCAUCCAGAAUGGUGCCAUCUUCCAGGAGACGCUGUCAGGGGCUGAGAGCACGUCGCUUGUGGCCGCCCGGGGCAGCUGCAUCGCCAAUGCCGAAGAAGUGGACGUGCCCAUCAAGCUGUACUGUAAUGGGGACGGCGAGUGGCUGGUGCCCAUCGGGCGCUGCAUGUGCAAAGCUGGCUUCGAGGCUGUGGAGAAUGGCACUGUCUGCCGAGGCUGCCCUUCCGGAACCUUCAAGCCCAACCAGGGCGAUGAGGCCUGCACUCACUGCCCCAUCAACAGCCGCACCACUUCCGAGGGGGCCACCAAUUGCGUCUGCCGCAACGGCUACUACAGAGCGGACCUGGACCCCCUGGACAUGCCCUGCACCACCAUCCCGUCCGCCCCCCAGGCUGUGAUCUCUAGCGUCAAUGAGACCUCCCUGGUGCUGGAGUGGACCCCUCCCCGUGACUCUGGAGGCCGCGAGGACCUGGUCUACAACAUCAUCUGCAAGAGCUGUGGCUCAGGCCGGGGCGCCUGCACCCGCUGUGGCGACAAUGUACAGUAUGCACCCCGCCAGCUGGGGCUGACCGAGCCACGCAUCUACAUCAGCGACCUGCUGGCCCACACCCAGUACACCUUCGAGAUCCAGGCGGUGAACGGAGUCACCGACCAGAGCCCCUUCUCACCGCAGUUCGCCUCCGUGAACAUCACCACCAACCAAGCAGCACCAUCAGCUGUAUCCAUCAUGCAUCAGGUGAGCCGCACAGUGGACAGCAUCACCCUGUCGUGGUCCCAGCCCGAUCAGCCCAACGGUGUGAUCCUGGACUAUGAGCUGCAGUACUAUGAGAAGGAGCUCAGUGAGUACAACGCCACAGCCAUAAAAAGCCCCACCAACACGGUCACUGUGCAGGGCCUCAAAGCCGGCGCCAUCUAUGUCUUCCAGGUGCGGGCACGCACCGUGGCAGGCUACGGGCGCUACAGCGGCAAGAUGUACUUCCAGACCAUGACAGAAGCCGAGUACCAGACCAGCAUCCAGGAGAAGCUGCCUCUCAUCAUUGGCUCCUCGGCCGCCGGCCUGGUCUUCCUCAUUGCCGUGGUUGUCAUAGCCAUCGUGUGUAACAGAAGACGGGGGUUUGAGCGUGCCGAUUCGGAGUACACCGACAAGCUGCAGCACUACACCAGCGGCCACAUGACUCCAGGCAUGAAGAUCUACAUCGACCCUUUCACCUAUGAGGACCCCAACGAGGCAGUGCGGGAGUUCGCCAAGGAAAUUGACAUAUCCUGUGUCAAAAUCGAGCAGGUGAUUGGAGCAGGGGAGUUUGGCGAGGUCUGCAGUGGCCACCUGAAGCUGCCAGGCAAGAGAGAGAUCUUUGUGGCCAUCAAGACACUCAAGUCGGGCUACACGGAGAAGCAGCGGCGGGACUUCCUGAGUGAGGCAUCCAUCAUGGGCCAGUUCGACCACCCCAAUGUCAUCCACCUGGAGGGUGUUGUCACCAAAAGCACGCCUGUGAUGAUCAUCACUGAGUUCAUGGAGAAUGGCUCCCUGGACUCCUUCCUUCGGCAAAACGAUGGGCAGUUCACAGUAAUCCAGCUGGUGGGCAUGCUGCGGGGCAUCGCAGCCGGCAUGAAGUACUUGGCAGACAUGAACUACGUGCACCGUGACCUGGCUGCCCGCAACAUCCUUGUCAACAGCAACCUGGUCUGCAAGGUGUCUGACUUUGGGCUCUCUCGCUUUCUGGAGGACGACACCUCAGACCCCACGUACACCAGCGCCCUGGGCGGGAAGAUCCCCAUCCGCUGGACAGCUCCAGAAGCUAUCCAGUACCGGAAGUUCACCUCAGCCAGCGAUGUGUGGAGCUAUGGUAUCGUCAUGUGGGAGGUGAUGUCCUACGGGGAGCGGCCCUACUGGGACAUGACCAACCAGGACGUAAUCAAUGCCAUUGAGCAGGACUAUAGACUACCACCGCCCAUGGACUGUCCGAGCGCCCUCCACCAGCUCAUGCUUGACUGCUGGCAAAAGGAUCGAAACCACCGGCCCAAGUUCGGCCAGAUCGUGAACACGUUGGACAAGAUGAUCCGAAACCCCAACAGCCUCAAAGCUAUGGCACCCCUUUCCUCUGGCAUCAACCUGCCGCUGCUGGACCGCACGAUCCCCGACUACACCAGCUUUAAUACCGUGGACGAGUGGCUGGAGGCCAUCAAGAUGGGGCAGUACAAGGAGAGCUUCGCCAGCGCGGGCUUCACCUCCUUCGACGUCGUGUCUCAGAUGAUGAUGGAGGACAUUCUGCGGGUUGGGGUCACCCUCGCGGGCCACCAGAAAAAAAUCCUGAACAGUAUCCAGGUGAUGAGGGCCCAGAUGAACCAGAUCCAGUCUGUGGAAGUUUGACGCUCGCCUGCCUCGGCUCGCCUCGGCCUCCGGCCGCCCCCUCCGCCCCACACCGGCCCCCCGGUGCUCCGUUCUCUGCAGGGCCGUCUGCCAGGAGGCCACGGGCAGCAGGAAGAACCAAGCAGCGCUCCAGCCACGAGACGUCACCAAGAACAAGUGCAGAAUCAAAAGGGAACGGGAAAGAAACAAGAUCUGGGAGGGGGCGGGAGAUAUAAGGCAUAUUUUAAAAAGAGGAUUCUCAUAAAGAAAGCGAUGAUGGUUCUUGGCAGAAAAAUAGGGCUUGGGAGAUCCAUGCGACUUGUCCAAUCGGAGACCAAAAGCAGUUUCUCCUCAACUCCCUCUGGGAAGGUGACCUGGCCAGAGCUGAGAAACACUUUCAGGAAAACAAAUGUGAAGGGGUGAGGUGAACGGGGCUGCCUUCUCCCCCUUCCUUGGGCCACUCUUAGGGGCCUCACUCCACAGCCGAGCACCAGACAGAGGGGGCAGAAGGACAGGUGGUUGCCCCAGAACCACUGGGAAAAUCCUGCUAACUGCCGCCCGGCACACAGAAGAAGUUUUCUGUCUUUGGAGAGUGUUUUAGAAACUCCACUGAGAGACUGUUUCUGCUGUUGGUUUGUGGGGCUGAACGGGGCCCUUGUCCUCCUGGGCCAUGGAGAGCAGGGGCCGCCAGGCAAGUGGCCUUCUGGAGGACGCCCACCCCCGGCCUGCCGCUCCAAGUGCCAGUGGCCUGACCCGCCUGGGUGCCGGCUCCCACUGGUCCCCACUGGAGGAUGGAUGCUGCAGUGACUGUCAUCAGCGACGACUGCCACUGAGAAGGGUUGACCUUGCAACUGGGUUUGUUUACAGCGAUUCGUGGACUCUGGGGUAUUUUGGUCAGGGGUGGUUUUGGUUUGGGCGGGUUUGUUCGUUGGGUUUUUGUUUUUUUGUUUUUUAAUGACAAUGAAGUGACACCUUGACAUUUCCUACCUUUUGAGGACUUGAGCCUUCUCCAGGAAGAAGGUGCUUUCUGCUGACUUAGGCAAUACAGCAAGGGCAAGAUUUUAUAUGCACAUUUCUGGAUUUUUUUAUAUGGUUUUCAUUGACACCCUUCCCUCCUCCCACCUGCUACCAGGCCUCACCAAAGCCAACUGCCACGGGGCCAUCUGGGCCAUUCGGAGACUUGAGUGAGCCUUGGGGGAGUGGGGGAGGCACCGGGGUGGAGCAGCACCCCACCUGGACUGGUGUUGGAGGCAGCAGACUGGAGAAGCGGGCACCGAGGCUGGAAGGCCCUGCCCGCUCCCGUGCGCCCUCUCUGCCCCAUUCUAUCGAGUCUUCCCAGGGACACAGGCCCCUUUGAGGUUCCUGAGUGCCCGCAGAUGGCCAAGCCCAGCUUUGCCUCUGGGACCCUGAACAGGCCGCCCGGGAGACCAGGACCCGAUCAUUCACUGUGAUACCCCAGCCCCGCAGAAGUGCCCUCCGAGACUAGGGUAGCUUGUUUCUCCUUCUGGGGGAGAAAGCGUGUGACUCUUCUCCCGGCUCCUCCCUGCACCAGGCCUUUCCCCAGGGCUGAAGGUAUUGGCCACAGGGAGACCAUCAGCCGGGGCCUGGCCUCAGACUCCCUCCCGGGAGCAAGCUCAGGCCCCUAAGCAGAACAAUGGGUUAGCAAACUGAACAGAAAUAAACUCUUUAGUUAUAAAAUGACCCCUGUUCUCUGUAAGUUCCAAGGAGAGAUCCCGGCACCCUUGAGAUGUGCCAAGUAACUCGAAGAACUCUUUCAGGGGACCCUGCCUCCCUCAGGAUUCGGGAAGGCCCCAGGCUGAGGAAUCACAGGAGGACAAACAAGCCCCAUGUGGCCUUUCUGGCCCUGGAGCAUUGAAAGCACAGGCAGAAAAAGCAGCGUGUUGGAAGUGGGUCAGAACUCUAGGAAACGGGGAGCCCCUGAGGGUCCAUUGGGAACAGAGGGCAGAUAGAGGGGUGCUCAGCACCGCCGGGCCAGGGACAGCGGCUCGGGGUGUCUGAUGAGUUGUGAUCAGGGUAGACUGUGACGGCGGGGGGAUGAGGUCACCCCAUCAGAGCCACAAGUCCAAUUUAUUGGGGCCUUGCUCAUCUCCUAUGUGUAUCUGGCCUCCUACUCAUCCUAAGAUCUGAAGUCUGAGUGGCUGGAGGAGACAGGCAGAUGUGCUCUGAACAUGAGGGACAGCCAGGGACACCGUGUCCUAGCACCUUGCCCUUUGCAGAACUUCUUUAAGGAGACCGCAGGGUGGGGAAGAUGGAGGCCACAGGCCACCAGCUAAAGGCCCUGCAGGCAGCUCAGACCAGCCUGUCAUCUGUCGCUCACCUGUUCUUAGAGCCGGUGAUGCAGGGGGAAGGAAGGGAUUAGAGAGGACACUGGGCCCCUAGGGGGACAGCAGGGCGAGCCACAGGAAGGAGCUGGCAGGUUGCCCACAAACUGGCCGGCAGUGGCCCACCGGCCAUCCCUUUGUGUCCCAAAGAUGCCCAGUGUGGAUGGCAGCUGUCCCGCACACAAGGUCACCUUCUGGCAGGGGCAGGCCUGAUGCUCUUUAGAUUAACUCUUGUCUCCCAAGCCUGCCCCCUGCUGCCCCGGGGCCCCACAGGGGCUGGCAAUUGGUGCUUCCGUCAGAUGGCUUCCUGUCCUAAGCCACUGGGCUGGUGUCUUGUGUCCAGCAUGUGUGCCCUUCCACGCUCUGGGGGCUGAGGUCCUCAGUGGGCCUGGACCUCACAUACCUGCCUCCUAGAGCACGGGUGCUACUCAGGCCCUCUGUCUCCUCUUUAGGGUAUCAGACAUCACUGUGACCAUCUGGGGUGCGGGCGCCUGUCACUCCUGGUGCAGGGGCAGUCUCCCCACCACCUCUCGCUUGCUGCUUGGCGGGGAGCGGUAGCUCACGCUGCCAAGCGCCUUCCUCUUUACGCUACCCGCUCGCCUGGGCACAUGGCUUGGAGCUCCCCGCUGCCUGGUUACUAAUCCCUUCCUGGCUCAACCUCCCCAAGUGCCACCCCCACCUGCCCAGCAGUGUGAGAGGAGCUUCCGGCUGCUCAGCACACAGUUGGUUCUUGAGGAAAGCAAGCUGCCUUGUGAACCUGGGCCAGGGCACCAUGGAAAUGGGGCCAGCUGCUCUGAGAGGAUGUAACGGGCGGAGCCCUGCAGGGCCAGGCUGGGUAAGAGAACCAUGCCGCCCACCCCCACCCCUCCGGACCCACGAGCCUCCCAAACGGAAGGGAUCGUUGUUGGCAAUCAGCAGCAGCCUCUUUGCAGUGAUGAUAAUCUACCUACCUACCACCUGGGAAAGCCUGGGCCCACCGAUCUGAGUGAGCGAUGGCCUAAGUGCUGGACCCAGGACCUCAGGGAGGAGGCGACAGUGAUGGUGAUGAGGACCACAAGGGAUAGUCAGAGCAAGGACUGUUUGCUAACUAAUGGUGCCCCUUGCUCUGAAGGUGCCAGCUGUGCUCCCCCUGUCAUUUCUAGCUAUUAAGGCAGUGCUUUGCUCCUCCUUUGUGAGUAGUCUCCAGCCUGGCACCCCUCACAGAUCAGGAGUUCCUGGCCAGAAAGCCAGGCCCUCCCAACUCUGCACAGCUCAUCCUCAUGCCUGGCUAAGGCACAGAAGGAACUCAGGCCCUAGACCAUCCCAUCACCACCCUAAGGCCAGGUCCUUGGCCACCCCCAGCUCUCUCCAGGGCCCCUGGGGUUCCAAGAUGGUACCCAAGGCUGGAAGACUCUCGCCAGGGAAAAUCAGGUCAGUGCACUCAAAGUACAACAUGCAGCCUGAUGCACCUUGACCUCAGAGUGGCGGCCUGCCCUAUUUCUAAGUGGAAAACGAAUCUUGGGAGACACUGCCCUUCAGUGGGCCUCAGUUUCCCACCUAUAAAAUGGGAGCACUGGAGUGAGUGAGCCAGGCCUGCAAUGCCUCCGUCCGGUGAGGAGGGAUACUUCCCUCCUAAUACAUAAGAGAGAAACUCUAAGGCCCAGUGGGGUGCAGUAGUUUGCUUAGUGUCACCCCUGAGAAGGGUGGGGCAGGGCAGAGCCAUACACCUCCAGUACCCACUCCACCAUGUUCAGUUAGAUGGCAGGAAGGACUUUGUGUCUGGCAUUGUCUGAUAAGAGAAAGCUCAAAUGGGCUGGGGCUGUUAGGGAGAGCUUCCUCGGGGAGGCUGACUUGAUAAAGAAAGCUUGAAAGGUCAUCCACCAUGCGUCAGGUAGGAUGGUCUAACGCAAUCCCAGCUUGCAUCUGGAUGACCCAGAGGAGUGACAGAGAGACACCUGUAGAUGUGAGAGAGAUCAGAGCAGCUUGGGCAUUCUGUACAGUGCAGCCACAGAGAGACUUGAGCGCAACAGUGGCAGGGUCCUAUCAGGUUCCAGGGAGAGGAAUCAGUCCCAUCAGAUGGGCAGGAGGCCCCCAGCAACCCUUCCCUGAGAGAGAGAGCGCCCAGCUCAACCCUCAUUGAUUCCUGGAGACCCAGGCUGGUCCGGUUUCAGUCUCACUGACGCAGAUAAUCCAGAGUCCGGCUGCGGAGAAUAGCAGGGUGGGGUUUUGUGCUACCUGAUUCUUAACUCAGCCAUACCCACCACUUCCUCCAGGCCUCUCUGAGGGACAGCAGGGUGAAAGCUUCCAGGAACCAAGGCAGUCAGGCCUGGGAGUUGAAUUGUUGGCAUGAAAAACUGUUCAGGAAGCCCUGCAUCUCUGCAUCGUCACUCUGGCCUGAGGCAGAUCACCCAGACUUAUUGGAAGGGGUCUGGGAUCCUAUCAUGUUCAAUAGUGUGUUAUCCUAGGGGAGCCCAAAAGAAAGUUCAGAGGUCCCCAGUGCAUCGUGUGGUUCUGCUUGUCCGGGUCCAGCCCUACCCAGAUUCCCAUGGUUCAGUUCCUACCAUGAAACAGAGUGGAGCGUGUCCUUCAUGCUGGUCAGCCUCCCUUUCAGGGAGUCCAAGGUUGGAAUGUUGGUGGCAGGAAGGGAUUUGGCCUAUAUUGUUUUUGGUUUUUGGUUUUUGUAAUGUCGGUGAUGGAGCCCAGGAACUUGUACGCGCUAAGCCUGCCCUGUGCCACUAAGGGGCAUGCCCAGCCUGGGCUUUGUCUUCCAUACAGGAAGAGGGUGGGCUCCGGGCAGGAGGGCAGGGCUACUCUGAGGCUGGUCCCUGGAGGCCAAAGCUGCAGGGACUGAUGGCAAUCGUAACUCAACACUUUGGGGUGCCAGGUGCCAAGUACUAUCCUCCCCUUUUUACAAAUCAGCACACAGAUUCCCAGAGAAUUCCAGCCUGGCAUCUCUACCUGACCCACCCUAACCCGGGCGCUCUUGAAAUGUUUGCCAUCACCCAUCUGGGCCAGAAUCUCUUGGGAUACUUAUUGUUUAAACUCCACAUUCUCAGGCCCCAUCCUGGCCCCCUAAAUCAGACCCCUUGAAGUUGGGCUCAGGAGCCUUUGUUUUUGAUACCAAGUGAUUCAUUCCUCCAGACACUGAAAUCUUCGCUUCUCUCAUCACAAACUAGACCCGGCUGUCUGGGGAAGGAGGGUUUGGCAUAGACAGAAAUUCGAAAAAAGCUGACACCGUCAUUUAAAAUAUCCAAACUCAGACACAGAUUAGGACCCUGGACGUGGAGGAGUAAGGCUGACCCUCAGGAACGUGUUCAGCCUGAGCUAAGGUUUCAGGAAAAUUAGAAAGAUUGCCCCAGACUCACAGUCUGUCUGAGUUUAGUUUCACAGCACGAAGGCUGCCUCAGGAAAGCGGAGAUAGCAAGUAGCAGUGGGAAUUUAAUACUUCAGAGGGGCCCAGCAGCCCACCUGGGGCCACCCCAUGGAGAUCCACAAGACCCUAACACCGCCCAGUCCAGGCCCAUCACUCAACACCUGGCCAGGUGGGCCGGGCAAAGGCAGGGUGGGGCUCCCAGCUGGAUGUGGUGUUUCAGGGGCCCGCCUGGCCCUGUCUCCCAGCCUCCCGUGGCUUUCCCUGGGGAAGCAGAGGGAGCAAAGGCUCUAACAGCCCCCAUUGGACCAGAGGGCUCUGAGCACUAACAGGGAGCCAUCGAGGGAGGAGGGAGGAGGGAGGAGCAGGUCAGGAAACAUCUUAGAGGAGGUCACAGCCAGGGCCACAGAGACUCUGCAGACCUGCUGUGCCUGCAAGAGUCAGGAAUUCUAACAUUCCAUGGUCAAAGGAGAUUGGGAUGCUAAGAUUGCAAAAGUCUAAUUCCAAUGGAAGGAUGCUGUGUUUUUAAAAUUCCAUCACUAGAUGAUUCUAUGCGGCUACUCUUCAAAUUUCAACUCCCAUUGUUCAUCGCUGGUCCCCAAACCCAAGGGCCCUAGCAGGGGAAACAAACAAACAAAACAAAACAAAACAAAACAAGCACAAUGAACAAGAGAGGCAGAGCUGAGGAGGAGAAAGCUGAGAAUGAACUCAGAAUGGUUCCAUCUUUGAAUUUGAGUCAGAGAUGACCUUGGACAGGGCAAAGAUCUGUCUCGGAGGGUCCUGUAGGGUUCUUUCCUGGUAGAGGGACAGGCUCUCAUGGGGGCAGUGGGACUGGCUAAGGACAGCCCGAUGCAGGCCCAGUGCCCACUGGUUGGUGAACUCCCACAAUUCAAGCAGGGCCCCAGCUCUGUUUGGGGAGGGAGUCAUCUGGAGGGAGACCCCUCACUCCAAAAAGGCUGGAUGGCCAGGGAUUUGCCUUGGGCGCCCCCACUGGGGAAUGCCCAAGCUGACCACCUUUCAGCCCAGAGUCACAGACUGGACAAUGGGCAGCAAGAGGGUCUGGCUGCAAAUCCCCAAACCAAGUUUCUUCCCUCUGAUGCCAGGAACACAGCUCCCACAGCCACUUGGCCUUUGCUCAUCCGGGGACCCCUUCACCCUUCCAGAGCUGGAAGGCAACAGGAGAAGGAGCCUGUGUGGGUGGCCCAGAGCUCAGUGAUUGACCAGGGGUCACUCUACCUCUGUGGGCAGGGACUCUGAGAGCCAGGGCUUCGAUCCAGCCUCCGUAGCUAACCUAGGGUCAGCUGGGCCAGUACCCCCACUCACAGCCACUCUUUUAGACUCCAGAGAAGAGCAAGGAGUGGUUGGUUAUAAUCAUAGCUGCUAUUUCUUGAUUGCCAACAAUAUACCAGGCGCCAUGCUUCACUUCCUAUAUGUAGUGUCUUGCUGAAUCCCCACAGAAUUCUGUGAGGCAGGAAGUUAUCGCUCCCGUUCCACAGGCUCGAAUGCUCAGAGGCACAACUGCUGGCCUUCCCUGUCACGUGGCCAGUGAAUGGUCUCUGAGCCCAGCACCCACCCUCUUAGCCACUAUGCUAUGCUGCUACCACUAGACCCUCAGCCCCAUCGCGGUCACACCCUUCCCAGUCCAAGCCCAGAUCCUGGGGGUCACUUUCAUAUUCUGAGGCAUGGCCUCCCUGGAGCUAUUCAAGGCCAUGGACGGUGAGAGUGACACCCAGAUCCCCUCCCAAGGUGCCCCUCAGCCCGAACCACUCAGACCAGAGUUUUCAACCAGCAAGCCAGGGCUGCGUGACAGGGUUUCACAGAACCCUAUCUUCUGAUCAUAAACAUGGUUUUCCUGACAAUGUUGGGGGUCAGGCAGUGAUCCGGCUGGGGUUCCAAUGGCUGUGGGUCACACCUGGCUCUUCCAGACCCCCACUGCUGUAACCAAGGGACUCUCACCAGCUGUGUCCAACAGCAACCCUGACCCUGUUACUCCAAUGCCUUUGUAGGAGUAUUUUUAGCAGAACCUUUUUUUCCAAAAUAAAUGUGAAUUGUAAAAAUUA